UUUCCCGUUGCACUCAAAAUCAUUCGCCGCAUCGCCUUUUCGCUCGCCCAAGGAUACGGUUCGGAAAGCGUUUCGACUGCGGUUCCUUGACACGGUUUUUUGUGUAUUCUGUUCUGCACCGAAUUAUCCUCAUACCCACGAACUCAUCUGCAAACGCAAAUCCCCGCCAUCAUGUCAAAUGAUUCCGUGGCCGCUGCCCCGGCGGUCGCGAGCCCAACGGCCCCCGAGGAGCGCAAGCCCAUCCACGCCCUCGUCCUCGAUACCGGCCCAUUGAUCAAGAACGACCCCCCCGUCAGUACCCUCCUCGCCCAGGCCGACGAGCUGUACAUGCUCCCCUCCAUCAUCGACGAAAUCCGCGACGUCAACACCCGCACCCGAGUCGAGACCACCCUCAUGCCCUUCGUCAAGAUCCGCAGCCCCCGCCCCGACAGCAUCAAGUUUGUUUCCAACUUUGCCCGCCGCUCCGGUGACCUCGAGGUUCUCAGCAGGCCCGAUUUACACCUGCUUGCCCUGACCUACGAGCUCGAGCUCGAGAAGAACGGAGGCGACCAGAGACUGAGGAAAGAGCCGGGCCAGCGCGUCGACGACACCAGCACAAAUGCUCCGGCAAGCAGCAGCGAGGCCCCGGAAACGAAGCCUGAGGCUGGUUCCGAGGUCGAAUCCCAAGAGGGGCCUUCUACCGUAGGCGACACCGUUGCCGAGCCGGCCCAGCCAUCCGAGGGCAUCUCUCUUGAACAGAGCGCCGAAGCGACGCAGCGCGAAAACCAGCAGAAUGCGACGGCGGAAGCCUCUUCGUCGGAUGCAGCAAAUGCGGACGCGGAUGCGGAUGCGGCGGCGGCAGCGGCAGAGAUUACACAAGACUUGAGCAAGCUCGAGGUGGACGACAAGACAACGUCCGAGCCCGUCGUCUCCAGCGUCGCCGACGCCAACGAGGCGCAGGGCGAAGGGUCAGACUCGGAGGACGGCUGGAUCACGCCGUCCAACGUCAAGAAGCACAAGGAGAAGGACAGCAAGCUGCUCCAGCCGACGGCCCCCGCCAUCGAUGUCAAGGUCGGCAUCCUCACCUCCGAUUACGCCAUGCAAAACGUCGCCCUGAGAAUUGGCCUCAACCUGUUGUCGCCGUCCAUGGCUCGCAUCACCCAGCUCAAGACCUGGGUGCUGCGAUGCCACGGGUGCUUCCAGGUCUGCAAGAAGAUGGACAGACAGUUCUGCCCUAGCUGCGGGCAGGCCACCCUGACCCGCACAUCGUGCACGACGGAGGAGGACGGCACUUUCAAGAUCCACUUGAAGCGCAACUUCCAGUGGAACAAGAGAGGCAACGUCUUCAGUAUCCCCAAGCCCGUGGCCGGCACGGCCAGCGGCAAGCUUGCCAAGCACGCCGGAGGCAAGAACAACUGGGGCACGAACCUCAUUUUUGCAGAGGACCAGAAGGAGUACGAGAAGGCCGUAGGCGAAAACCAGCGCGCUCGGCGGAGGGACCUCAUGGACGAGGACUACUUGCCGAGCAUUCUUACUGGUGACCGGCAAAGUGCCAACGGAAAGGUCAGGCUGGGUCCGGGUAGAAACAUCAACGGACGUAAGAGGAGAUAAA